GAUAGCUGUGUUGUGAGUCUCGGCGGUCACUUGUUUGGGAAAGUGCACGAAGAGGAGUCGCCAUGUCUUUCUCUCUGUCGUCAGCUGUAGAUGAAGAGGUGAAGAAGGAGGAUGCUGAAAAGGUUGAGUUCAAGUUUCCCUGGCAAAAAGGAGACAAGGAGGAUGGCAAGAAGAAGUCUGACAGCAAGGAAAAGUCCUCCAGCAAGGACAAGUCCGACAGCAAGGAAAAGUCUGACAGCAAGGACAAGUCCGCCAGCAAGGAUGGAGACGGCAAAGACCACAAGAAGGAGAAGAAGAAAAAGGAACUGAAGGAUGGAGAAACAGCAGGCACCUCGUCCUCUUCCUCGUCCUCAUCUUCCUCCUCCAGCAGUGAUGAGGGGUGAUGGUUCCCGGGGGACCGGACUGCACCGCUAGUCUCUCAUGAUCUCGUCUGUAAAGUUACUGUGUGUGGUUGAGUGUGCAGCAGUAUCAGCUUUUCUUCCUUUCCCCUCACGACGGUGUCACAGAAACAUACUGGCCUUGUGUAAACAAGUCUGCUGAUCCCUGGAAGUAAAUGUUCUGACAACCAA